UCAGGCGGCGCUUGCCCGUCAGCUGGGGGCUAUGCGCUCGCUGAAGGCUCUGGCUGAGCCCCGGGACUGACCGAGGAGGAAGGCAGAGUGUUUGCAGGGAGCAGGGUCAGAGAGGGAGCGUGCUACGUUUGGAACAUUGCGGCCAUGGGUGUGGAAGUCGAGACCAUCUCUCCGGGAGACGGAAGGACUUUUCCAAAGAAAGGCCAGACGUGUGUGGUCCAUUACACAGGGAUGCUACAGAAUGGAAAGAAGUUUGAUUCCUCCCGAGAUCGAAACAAGCCUUUCAGGUUCAAGAUCGGCAGACAAGAAGUCAUUAAAGGAUUUGAGGAAGGGGCUGCACAGAUGAGCCUAGGACAAAGAGCAAAGCUGACCUGUACACCUGACAUGGCAUAUGGAACCACAGGCCAUCCUGGAGUCAUCCCCCCAAAUGCUACUCUGAUUUUUGAUGUGGAGCUGCUUAGGAUAGAGUAAAACGGGGCAACUGACUGAAGGCACCUGUUGAUAACCACCCAUUCUUUCCCCUUCCUUUUAAUGGGAGGAAUAUCCACUGGAAUUUCCAUAAUCUUCACACAAACUGUCAUGCCAACAAUGCCUAUCCUUGGGGUUGUUUUCCCAUUUUCUUCCCUUUUUUACUGUUGUUGGUGUCAGUAUUUGUCCCUGUUUAGAUGCUUCUUUGCUGUGGAGACAGAAAAAAAUGGCUGUACAUUUUAUUUUAAUUUGCAUGUGAAGCUUCAAAAUUGUGAUUGCAACUAUAUAUAUAUAAAAACUAUAAAUAUAUAUAUAUGGAUUACUUACUGAAAAACCACUGCCUUAUACACUUAAAGGAAGAAAAAACACACAAGGGUGCUCAGAAAUCCAGUGUACAUCUUGUACAUGAGUGGGCAUUAACCAAAGUUACCUGCGCUGCCACUUUUUCCUCAACUUGUAUGUUCUGCUUGCUUCUGUUUUAAAGAAAACAUCUCAUGUGAAAACUUUCCAAAAAGAAAAAUAAAUUCUUGAUACUUUAUUGAU